ACUGGUGACCUUACCGACUGCACGAUCUCCAAUCAAGCUUUGUCGUCCUGUCAGUUCUGCAGUGGGCAUUGAGCUGUCGACCUGACCCCUUGACCCACGAUGACCUCCCUCUUCUUCUCCACCCCCGUCGAUAUUGACGUCGUCCUCGAAGAUAGCGAUGAACGUCAGACGGUGGAUGUCAAGCUCGACAAGGGCCGGCGCGAGAGAGUCCCCCUGUAUAUGGAUGGAGAAUCGGUGAAGGGUGCCGUUACGGUGAGACCCAAGGAUGGAAAGCGAUUAGAGCAUACGGGCAUUAAGGUGCAAUUCAUUGGCACGAUCGAGAUGUUCUAUGAUCGCGGGAACCAUUACGAGUUCCUCUCCUUAGUGCAAGAGCUCGCCGCCCCCGGAGAGCUGCAACACCCGCAAACCUUCCCCUUCAACUUCAAGAACAUCGAAAAGCAAUACGAGUCAUACAAUGGUAUCAAUGUGAAGCUGCGGUACUUCGUUCGGGUGACGGUCUCGAGGCGGAUGGCGGACGUAAUCCGCGAGAAAGACCUAUGGGUGUACUCCUACCGCAUGCCCCCGGAGACCAACAGUCCCAUUAAGAUGGAUGUUGGUAUUGAAGAUUGUUUGCACAUCGAGUUCGAAUAUUCCAAGUCCAAGUAUCAUCUCAAGGAUGUCAUUGUGGGGCGCAUCUACUUCCUUCUGGUGCGAUUGAAGAUCAAACAUAUGGAGCUAUCCAUUAUUCGACGUGAAACGACCGGAUCUCCCCCGAACCAAUACAAUGAAAGUGAGACUUUGGUGCGGUUUGAGAUCAUGGAUGGUUCGCCCUCACGAGGCGAGACUAUCCCCAUUCGUUUAUUCCUCGGAGGGUUUGACUUGACGCCAACCUUCCGAGACGUUAACAAGAAAUACUCAACCCGCUAUUAUCUCAGUCUGGUGCUUAUUGACGAAGAUGCCCGUCGGUACUUCAAGCAGUCCGAGAUCGUCCUGUACCGUCAGGCUCCCGAGAUUGCUACCACGCCGCAGAUCGCUCAGCAACAAUUGAUCCAACAACAGCAACUCCAGAACCAGCAUCAGCAACAACUACCGCCGGGAUCCGCCACCGCAGGCCCUGGACGGGAGCCACUACCUAACCCGGCAGUCACUGCCCCUGUGGCAUAGUGUUCUGAAGCCGAUCUAGUUCCGCUGUGUCGUUUGAAGAUGAUGACACUGUCUUCAUGACUGCCGAAUUGCUUAGUGUUCUACAUAUACCCAGUCUAAUGCUGUACUCUGGCCCUGUUCACCUAUCAGC